AUGCAGCAAUAUCAGCCAAAAUGCUAUGAAUCUGGAAGUUUAAGGGACAAUAUUAGCGAUAUUGAUAAGCUGGAAAAUGCUUUGAGCUUGUACAAUCAGAUGGUCCCGAUGAGGCCUUUGCCUAGAGUUAUUCAAUUCAAUAAACUUCUGGCCCGUAUUAUUAAGAUGAAGCAUUAUCACUCAGCUAUUUCCGUUUUCAGAGACAUGCGUGGCAACAAGGGCAUUAUUCUAGUUGAUGAUUACACAUUGGGCAUGGGCAUUGACUGUUACUGCCUCGUGGGUCGAGUGGAUUUUGGAUUUUCUCUAUUUGGUGCCCUCUUGAAGCUUGGUUUUUUACCCAAUGCUACCACCUUUGGCACAUUACUCAAGGGGGAAGGAUCCUUGCAAGAUGCAGGAGAUGUAUUUGAGAUCAUGAUUCAGAGAGGUGAAAAUUCUGAUACAGUUAUAUAUAAUGUCCUGAUGAAUGGAUACUGUUUGCAGGGCCAAAUGGAUAAAGCAAGGAAAAUUUUUGACACCGUGGUUAAUAGGGGUGUGCAUCCAGAUAUUCUAAGCCACAGUACUCUAAUGAAUGGGCAUUUCAAGAAAAAUGAAAAUGAUAAGGCCAUGCAUCUCCUCAGGGAAAUUCCACAGAGAGGUUUGAGAGCUGACGUUGGUACAUAUAAUAUUGUCUUGCAGGGUUUGUUCAGGAUGGCAAGGUAUCGUUCUGCAAGAGAAGUAUUCGUUGAGAUGCAAGCUGUUUCCUUAACUCCUGAUUUUCAUACCUACUGUACAAUGUUGGAUGGCCUAUGCAAAUGUGGACAUAUUGAGGAGGCCCUGCAAUUCCUGCAGAAAAUGCAAUUUGAUGGAGUCAAACUUGAUAUAACUAUGUACAACAUCAUUCUUCAUGGAUUGUGCAAAAGUGGGAGGUUUCAAUGUGCAGGGGAUCUUUUCAAUAAUCUUUCUUUAAAAGGAAUGGAACAUAACGUGUCAACAUAUAAAACGAUGAUUACUAAUCUUUGUCUAAAAGGUUUGCUGGAUGAAGCUAAAGAGUUUUUUGUGAAGAUCUAUGAAUCUGGAAGUUUAAGGGACAAUAUUAGCGAUAUUGAUAAGCUGGAAAAUGCUUUGAGCUUGUACAAUCAGAUGGUCCCGAUGAGGCCUUUGCCUAGAGUUAUUCAAUUCAAUAAACUUCUGGCCCGUAUUAUUAAGAUGAAGCAUUAUCACUCAGCUAUUUCCGUUUUCAGAGACAUGCGUGGCAACAAGGGCAUUAUUCUAGUUGAUGAUUACACAUUGGGCAUGGGCAUUGACUGUUACUGCCUCGUGGGUCGAGUGGAUUUUGGAUUUUCUCUAUUUGGUGCCCUCUUGAAGCUUGGUUUUUUACCCAAUGCUACCACCUUUGGCACAUUACUCAAGGGGGAAGGAUCCUUGCAAGAUGCAGGAGAUGUAUUUGAGAUCAUGAUUCAGAGAGGUGAAAAUUCUGAUACAGUUAUAUAUAAUGUCCUGAUGAAUGGAUACUGUUUGCAGGGCCAAAUGGAUAAAGCAAGGAAAAUUUUUGACACCGUGGUUAAUAGGGGUGUGCAUCCAGAUAUUCUAAGCCACAGUACUCUAAUGAAUGGGCAUUUCAAGAAAAAUGAAAAUGAUAAGGCCAUGCAUCUCCUCAGGGAAAUUCCACAGAGAGGUUUGAGAGCUGACGUUGGUACAUAUAAUAUUGUCUUGCAGGGUUUGUUCAGGAUGGCAAGGUAUCGUUCUGCAAGAGAAGUAUUCGUUGAGAUGCAAGCUGUUUCCUUAACUCCUGAUUUUCAUACCUACUGUACAAUGUUGGAUGGCCUAUGCAAAUGUGGACAUAUUGAGGAGGCCCUGCAAUUCCUGCAGAAAAUGCAAUUUGAUGGAGUCAAACUUGAUAUAACUAUGUACAACAUCAUUCUUCAUGGAUUGUGCAAAAGUGGGAGGUUUCAAUGUGCAGGGGAUCUUUUCAAUAAUCUUUCUUUAAAAGGAAUGGAACAUAACGUGUCAACAUAUAAAACGAUGAUUACUAAUCUUUGUCUAAAAGGUUUGCUGGAUGAAGCUAAAGAGUUUUUUGUGAAGAUCUAUGAAUCUGGAAGUUUAAGGGACAAUAUUAGCGAUAUUGAUAAGCUGGAAAAUGCUUUGAGCUUGUACAAUCAGAUGGUCCCGAUGAGGCCUUUGCCUAGAGUUAUUCAAUUCAAUAAACUUCUGGCCCGUAUUAUUAAGAUGAAGCAUUAUCACUCAGCUAUUUCCGUUUUCAGAGACAUGCGUGGCAACAAGGGCAUUAUUCUAGUUGAUGAUUACACAUUGGGCAUGGGCAUUGACUGUUACUGCCUCGUGGGUCGAGUGGAUUUUGGAUUUUCUCUAUUUGGUGCCCUCUUGAAGCUUGGUUUUUUACCCAAUGCUACCACCUUUGGCACAUUACUCAAGGGGGAAGGAUCCUUGCAAGAUGCAGGAGAUGUAUUUGAGAUCAUGAUUCAGAGAGGUGAAAAUUCUGAUACAGUUAUAUAUAAUGUCCUGAUGAAUGGAUACUGUUUGCAGGGCCAAAUGGAUAAAGCAAGGAAAAUUUUUGACACCGUGGUUAAUAGGGGUGUGCAUCCAGAUAUUCUAAGCCACAGUACUCUAAUGAAUGGGCAUUUCAAGAAAAAUGAAAAUGAUAAGGCCAUGCAUCUCCUCAGGGAAAUUCCACAGAGAGGUUUGAGAGCUGACGUUGGUACAUAUAAUAUUGUCUUGCAGGGUUUGUUCAGGAUGGCAAGGUAUCGUUCUGCAAGAGAAGUAUUCGUUGAGAUGCAAGCUGUUUCCUUAACUCCUGAUUUUCAUACCUACUGUACAAUGUUGGAUGGCCUAUGCAAAUGUGGACAUAUUGAGGAGGCCCUGCAAUUCCUGCAGAAAAUGCAAUUUGAUGGAGUCAAACUUGAUAUAACUAUGUACAACAUCAUUCUUCAUGGAUUGUGCAAAAGUGGGAGGUUUCAAUGUGCAGGGGAUCUUUUCAAUAAUCUUUCUUUAAAAGGAAUGGAACAUAACGUGUCAACAUAUAAAACGAUGAUUACUAAUCUUUGUCUAAAAGGUUUGCUGGAUGAAGCUAAAGAGUUUUUUGUGAAGAUCUAUGAAUCUGGAAGUUUAAGGGACAAUAUUAGCGAUAUUGAUAAGCUGGAAAAUGCUUUGAGCUUGUACAAUCAGAUGGUCCCGAUGAGGCCUUUGCCUAGAGUUAUUCAAUUCAAUAAACUUCUGGCCCGUAUUAUUAAGAUGAAGCAUUAUCACUCAGCUAUUUCCGUUUUCAGAGACAUGCGUGGCAACAAGGGCAUUAUUCUAGUUGAUGAUUACACAUUGGGCAUGGGCAUUGACUGUUACUGCCUCGUGGGUCGAGUGGAUUUUGGAUUUUCUCUAUUUGGUGCCCUCUUGAAGCUUGGUUUUUUACCCAAUGCUACCACCUUUGGCACAUUACUCAAGGGGUUCUUUCGACAAAAUAUGGUUUUGCAGGCCCAAGAAUUUGUUCGAAAAAAUGAUAUAUGA